AUGUACGGUCACAGCGUGGGCAUCUACAACUGCAAAGCUGGCGACUUCAAUGCCUCAGACGUCACUGUGACCAGUUCCUUCGAUUACAAAUCCUUCAUGGAGAAGCAUCCAGAUUGGAAGGAGUUGAAGCGUGGCAUGGUCCCGCAAGUACAAGCGCCUGCCAAGCUUUCAAUGAUGGAGAUGUGGUCGAAAGGACUACCUGAAGAUCUCCAGAAAUGCAUGACGGAGAAGAAGGGCUUCAUGUGCCGCGUUCAAGCCAGGCUUGGUUUCGCGUUCAACUUUGUUGUAGCCCUCCUCGGCAAGCUGGUGGAUUUCUUAUUCAACGUAGUACUGGGGGUCUUGAAAUUUGUUCGCUUCACGCUGUUCACUGUGAUGAGCUUUGUUCAUAAAGACUUGGCUGGGUGGCGACGCUGGGGAGGCAACGAGAUGAGCCACCUCAAACGCGGCCAUAUCAAUCAACCAGAACUGAUUUUUGAGGCGUACAUUGAGAUAUAA